UUUUUUAAAACUAAAAAUGUCAACCAAAACUACAAUUUUCUUUAUUUUUGCAAUCUGUCUUUUGGUAAAUCAAGUUUCGUCUGAAAUGCCAACUCUUAAAAAAUGUUGUGCUGCCAAUCUUAGUGAUGCUUGUAAAUGUAUUUCAGCUAAUUAUGACCCGGACUAUAAGCAACAAUGCACGAAAGAUGAAAAAACAGUUAAGUCUUAUGUGAAAAAGGCAUGCAAAAAACACUGA